GCUCAUUGUAGAUUUUGACGUUUAUGACCUUGUGUUGAAUCUGUUGAAUUAAGAUACUUCUUUAAUACAAAUAUGAAGUUUGAAAACAUACAUUGAAAACAAAAUGUCAUUAAUAGAUCGUGUUCGCGUAAUGGUGCUAGGUGACUCAGGUGUCGGAAAAUCGUCAUUUGUACAUUUAGCAGCCCAUGGCGAACCUAUAAAGUCUCCUGGUUGGACUAUAGGUUGUGUAGUGGAAGUGAAACUUCACGAGUACAGGGAAGGGACUCCAGAGCAGACAACAUAUUUUGUUGAAUUUUGGGAUAUAGGUGGAAGUAAUAAUCAUCGAAAUGCAAGGCAUGUUUUUUAUAACCCCUGCCAUGGUGUGAUUUUGGUACAUGAUUUAACAAACAGAAAGUCUGAAGAGAAUCUAAAGAAAUGGCUACAGGAAGUAUUAAAUCGUGACAAACCAAAUACACCUCUUUACACAUCUUGGGCCAGUAAUUAUGAUGAUUGGGAUGCUGAGAAUUUUCUAGGCUCAACACAACUACCAAUUUUGGUUAUUGGAACUAAGUUAGAUAUGGUUGAAGACAGAAAAUUCGUCUCUAGAUCUUCAAAUCUAGCAAGUCAAUUUGGUGCAGAUGAAAUUGUUCUAGAUUGUAGACAAGUCAGAUAUUUAGCUGCUGGAACAACAAACGCAGUAAAAUUAACAAGAUUUUAUGAUAAAGUGAUAGAAAAAAGGGAUAUUACUGAAACCAUGAAUUCAUACCCAGAGAGAAGUUCAACUAGUACAUCUCCUCUACUAUCUUCUAGGUUUUAUUCUGUACCACAUCAAGACUGAAAGAUUUAAUGGACCAUUAAGAACAGUAUUCAAGUAAUGAAUAAAUAGUAUCAUUUCUUUGUACAUUAAAAAUGUUUAUAUAAGUAAAACAAGAAAUUGAAUUAUCAAAAAUA